CUACUGUAAUCUCCAUUUUGAAUGUUUUUAUGGUUUCGGAUUUUAUGGCACGCCUCUUUUCUCAUGGCCGAAUGCAAGCAAAUUGCCUGGAUUCUCCAUAUGGUUAAAUGAAUUCGUACUAAAACGCUGGACGCAUCCAGUGUGCGAUAUUUUUCACGCAUCUUGCGAUUUUUCCUUCAUUUCUAAAGCGACCUCAGACUUGUGUCUACGGUGAAGGAUUUCAUGUUGUUGCUAAUCGCUAACGUUAGCAGAACCUCAACAAAACAAUGUCAAAUGAAGCAACGAAUCACAACAGGAACGUAAAUAUACAACGUAAUGCAAAAUGGAUCAAGGAGGUCUAAGGAACGGCUCCAAGAGAGAUGAGCGUUUGAAUACUUUUGGUUACGGUAACAGCGGAAUACAAAGUGCCAUGUCUGUGGCCCCCGCCUCUGUGGUUCCUCAGGCCAGUCCACUGAUGCAGCCUGUUUCUGGGGACCUUCCUAAUGGCGUGAGCAGUUCUCCAACUCUGGAGGAACACACCUCCUCUCUAUCCUCCACACUAGGUUUCUUUGCGGAGGAUUCAGAGUUCAAAAUGAAUGGGAGAGACCAGAGGUCCCAGCAACACCAGCCUUUAGGCUCAUUCACUCUGGGAGACAACUUCUCAGGUCUGGAGGCCAGCAUCGCAGACCUCAACAGCACCUCUCUUUCAAUGGACUCACUGAUUGGUGGAGUGGAUCCCAAUCUCUUUCCUUUAAAAUCAGAGGACUUUUCUCCCAUGGAUAAGAGCGACAUGGACCUUGACCAAGAUUCUUUCGGGCCCAUUGGGAAGGACGUUGAUCUUGGUAAUCAUAAGCUCUUUAGUGACAACACAUUGGACCUUCUGCAGGAUUUUGAGUUAGAAGGCUCGCCCUCUGAUUUCUACGUGGGAGAUGAUGCUUUCCUCUCCACCAUCGGUGAGGAUGCUCUGUUAGACCUGCCGACAAGUUCAGAGAGGGACUUGAAGCCUGUGGCUUCUACAAACAGCACAGUCAACGGCCCGGCCAUUUCAGGGGCCAACACGGUCAACGCCACCAGCACGUUCACCGUGAAGGUGGAAAAGGACUCCAUAAUCCAACUGUGUACUCCGGGGGUCAUUAAACAGGAGAACUCCAUUGGGACAAACUACUGUCAGGCAAGUCGCCAUAGCACGCCUAUUUCCAUUUGCGGCGUAACAACUUCAAGUGGACAGAGCUUCCUUUUUGGAACAGGCUCUUCCUCCAGUGCUGUCAAUCAGCAGAGAGAGCAGAAGCCUAUCAUCAAUGUGUACACCCCCCUGACCUCAUCUGAAGGCGGAUGGAACAGGGGUCAGGACUUUGGAAAUGCAAGUGGAUUACAACCAAGGGCCAGUGAAAGUUUUUCCACAACCACUUAUGCCAGACCUGAAGAUAGCACUGCAGCAGCAGUGGGAAAGUCCGGUGCUGCCACACACAAAAUCUGUCUGGUAUGUUCAGAUGAAGCUUCAGGCUGCCAUUAUGGUGUCCUCACCUGCGGAAGCUGCAAGGUCUUUUUUAAGAGAGCAGUGGAAGGACAACACAAUUACCUGUGUGCCGGACGCAACGAUUGCAUCAUCGACAAAAUCCGACGGAAGAACUGUCCCGCCUGUCGCUUCCGCAAAUGUCUCAUGGCAGGCAUGAACCUGGAGGCUCGUAAGACCAAGAAGCGUCAGCAAGUAGCCGGAGGCAGAUUAAUCCAACAACAGACGAUUCCCGAGCGAAAUCUUCCUCCGCUGCCCGAGGCCCGGGCACUGGUGCCUAAACCCAUGCCUCAGCUGGUGCCCACCAUGUUGUCUCUACUGAAGGCCAUUGAGCCUGACACCAUCUAUGCUGGCUACGACAGCACCAUACCAGACACUUCCACCCGCCUUAUGACCACUCUUAACAAACUGGGUGGCCGACAAGUUAUCUCUGCAGUCAAGUGGGCCAAAGCCCUUCCAGGCUUCCGAAACCUUCACCUGGAUGAUCAGAUGACUCUCCUGCAAUGUUCCUGGCUCUUCCUCAUGUCCUUCGGGCUUGGCUGGAGAUCUUACCAGCAGUGUAAUGGAAACAUGCUUUGCUUCGCACCAGAUCUUGUGAUUAAUGAGGAACGGAUGAAGUUGCCAUACAUGAUGGAUCAGUGUGAACAGAUGCUGAAGAUCUCGAAUGAGUUUGUGAGGCUGCAAGUGUCGAAUGAGGAGUACCUGUGCAUGAAAGUUCUUCUGCUGCUGAGCACAGUGCCGAAGGAUGGAUUGAAGAGCCAGUCAGUGUUCGACGAGCUACGAAUGUCUUAUAUUAAGGAAUUGGGCAAGGCUAUCGUGAAGAGAGAGGAGAAUUCAAGCCAAAACUGGCAGAGAUUUUAUCAGCUCACUAAGCUACUGGACUCCAUGCAUGACAUGGUGGGUGGACUCCUGAACUUCUGUUUCUACACUUUCGUCAAUAAAACCCUGAGCGUGGAGUUUCCGGAAAUGCUGGCGGAGAUCAUCAGCAACCAGUUACCAAAAUUCAAAGCCGGGAGCGUCAAACCGCUGCUCUUUCACCAGAAGUGAAGCUCCUCAAAGCAGGACACGAUGCCUUAAAUGCCCGCCCUUUCCCCAAAUCCCCUGCACCUGAGGCAGGACGGACCGCAUGAGGGGGUGGGAUCGGUGGCUGUAUGCAACCCAGCACAGAACUCCAUUAAUGAUGAGAAACAAAGUGGAGUGAAAGGAAGAGACGGGUAAAUUAAAAGUACUAAAAAGCUAACAAACGGCUAAACUGUUGAAAUGAUAUAACCGUGGACCGUCACACAUUAUCCCAGAUAUACGUGGUUCACGUCUUUUAUUUUUGGAGCAGAUGCAGCAGCACAGCACUUACAGUUCAGUAUGCGCAGAUUCUAUAUUCACUUUUACGUCAAUCAGAUUAUUGAGUUUUUAACAUGAACUGAUAAUGGUUUGAAAUAAUCAUUUGAAUAAUAUGUAGAGUACAAACAGCUUCAGCGUAGUUUGGAAAUAAAUUACGUUUUGUAUAGCAACAUAUCUUUACAGUUUUAAAAGUCGUGUUGAUAACUGUUAACAUAUACAGAAAAAGGGAAAAUUCGUGCCUUUUUUUUACUUUUUUCGGUUUUAGCUGUUUUCUUUACCUGUCUGCACCAUCCAACUUUUUCAUAGUUGAUUGUACUUAUAUACCCACCUGCACUUGCGAUUUAAAAAAUGGCCAUGUUUAUUUUUGGCAGCUGAGUUGUCUGUAGUGUGAACUAAAGUGAUACUUAUUGAUACGGCAUGGAGACGAGUGUGAUGAUGAUGUGGCAUUCUUUUUACGUUCUUCUGGACUUCAGUGGAGAAAUGCAAUUUGAGCACUUUUACUCCAUAUAAAUGCUUUAAAGAGGCUGGGUUGAGGUCUGUUCAGCAUAAAUAUGUGUGUUUGCAUUUAAAAAAGCCAUUUUUUAUUCAUUCUCCCCUUUUCGUUCAUGUAGGAAUUAUGCAAUGUGAAUGAUUUGUCAAAAUUUUCAUUGUUGUUGUGUUGUAUUUUGUUUCUUGGCUUGCAUAGUAAUGCCACAUUACACAACCAAAACAAGGCUGCAGGCUUCCUUAUAUGAAAAGAAACAUAAGAAAACAAAAUACUUACAAUCAGAGCUACACCAAACAUCUUGUGAUGUCACAACUCAGGCCCACUUCAAUUGCAUUUGUAGUACCUCUCAAACUCUAGUUCCUUGUAUUGCAGUGUACAUGAUUUUUAAUCAUGAUUUUUUUUCAGGUUCAGACAAUUUUGUUCAGACUAACCUGUGCUUAAGAUAUUUUAGUUUAAUCAGUCAAACUGUGGUGCAGAAGCAGGGUUAACUCUGGGAAUUUUUACUCACCUGUAUCGUCUCAAUCUGUUAUUUCUGUGCCAAACGUAUAUUGAUUUCAAUUUGUACAAUCUGAAACUGUGCUCGUCUUAACCAUUGUAAAAGGUAUAUAUAUUCAAGACGAGAAAAAGAGAUAUUUUUGAUUUCUUCUAUGGAAGCCUAAUAUGUUUUGUUUAAUACGUAAAUAAAAGUCAGAGAAAAUCUUCUGCUUCA